AUGGUUGCAUUCUCCGCUCUUGCUCUGGGAGCAUUGUUCUCCCAGGCGUGGGCUAUGCCUGCUGUCUCGAGCCCGGCUGUGAGCUCUGCUCCAGCCCCCACGGCUGCUUCCGCCUCCCUGCCCGUCGCAGCUGCCCAGCUCGACCACUUGGCUGAGUUUGCGUUCAACACCUCGAGCGCUAGUGUCUCCAGUGAUUCGGAGAACGAGAAGCGCGGAGGCUGUUCGAUCUGGAAUCUACGCGUUCGUCGCGAUUGGAGGACCUUUUCGACGAAACAGAAGAAGUCCUACAUCAACUCUGUGCUCUGUCUCACAAAGUUGCCCGCGCGUACGCCCUCCAACGUGGCCGCUGGUGCUAAGUCUCGUUACGAUGACUUCGUUGCUACGCACAUCAACCAGACUUUGGGAAUUCACUACACCGGCACCUUUUUGGCAUGGCACCGUUACUUCAUCUGGAACUUCGAGGAGGCCCUUCGUAACGAGUGUGGCUACACCGGUGACUACCCUUACUGGAACUGGGCCGCUGAUGCUCACGACUUGGAGAACUCGCAAGUCUUCGAUGGCAGCGACACCUCAAUGUCCGGCAAUGGCGAAUACGUCGCGCCGGCCGGUGAUAUCCAACUCGCUCUCGGCGCUUACCCGACUAUCCACCUCCCCACCGGAACAGGCGGUGGCUGUGUCACCAGCGGCCCCUUCAAGGACUUCAAGGUCAACAUGGGCCCGGCCGCAUUGGUCCUCCCCGGUGGAAACGUCAGCGUCGCGGCAAACCCACUGGACUACAACCCACGUUGUCUUAACCGUGAUCUGACGACCGCCAUCGUCCAGAGCUAUGCCAACUACACCUCGGUCGUGGAUCUCAUCCUCCGCCACGACUCCGUCUGGGACUUCGAGAUGAACAUGCAGGGUGUCCCCGGCAGCGGGUCUAUCGGUGUUCACGGCGGUGGUCACUACGCUAUGGGUGGUGAUCCUGCUCGCGAUGUCUAUGUCAGCCCCGGUGAUCCGGCCUUCUGGCUCCACCACGGUAUGAUUGAUCGUACCUGGUGGAUUUGGCAGAACAUGGAUCGCAAGAACCGUCUGAAUGCCAUUUCUGGUACUGCCACAUUCUUGAACUCGCCUGCCUCAGCAAACACUACCUUGGACACUCUUGUUGAUAUUGGUCUUGCUGGUGAAGGCCCUAUUGCCAUGCGCGAUAUUAUGAGUACCACUUCUGGUCCUUUCUGCUACGUUUACCUUUGA